AUGGACUCAGCAGAAAGUACCGCUGAGAAUAUACUGUCUGAGUCACCUGCCACCCUCACCAAUGUAAUUGCUAUGGGAGAUCCCUCGUUAGACAUCCACGAGAAAAUAGCAAAUAGGUACCACGAAGACCGUUUCUUUAACAAAAUCCUGGAACAGCCCCAGGCAUUCAAAAACUUCGAACUCAGCAACGGUAGAAUGUUCCUCAAGGACAACGACAGACGGAUUCUGUGCAUUCCGGACGUGCGAAUUGGUGAACGUCGUAUUCGCGAAGUGCUCAUCUCACACGCUCACUCCAUUCUAGCCCACCUGGGGCCAUCUAAAACUCUUAUCUACCUGCGGGACAACGUGUGGUGGAAA